AUGCCUAUUCUGUGUAAAUCGAAGUGUGGCAAUAAGGCUGUACUCAAGCGUCCCAAAACCGCCGAUGCCUUGUGUAAGGAAUGUUUCUUUGCUGCUUUCGAGGCGGAGAUUCAUCACACAAUUGUUUCGAGUAAACUAUUUCGUCAAGGUGAAAAGGUGGCGGUGGCAGCAAGUGGAGGCAAAGAUUCCACAGUAUUGGCCCAUGUCUUAAAAUUACUCAACGAACGUCACAAUUAUGGUCUGGAAUUAGUCCUACUGUCCAUAGAUGAAGGAAUAACAGGCUAUCGCGACGACAGCUUGGAAACCGUGAAAAAGAAUCGCGAUGACUAUCAAAUGUCAUUGAAAAUUUUGUCAUACGAAGAGCUAUACGGCUGGACUAUGGAUCGUAUUGUUGCCCAGAUUGGUCGAUCGAAUAAUUGCACAUUUUGUGGUGUAUUUAGAAGGCAGGCCUUGGAUAGGGGAGCCAAGCUGUUGGGUGUCGACAGUAUAGCCACGGGACACAAUGCUGAUGAUAUUGCGGAAACAGUUAUUAUGAAUAUACUACGCGGUGAUACAGCUCGUCUCAGCCGUUGUACAGAUAUAAAGACAGGUGGCAGCGAAGAUUCCAUACCCCGGGUUAAACCUCUCAAGUACACCUAUGAAAAAGAAAUCGUAAUGUAUGCCCACUAUAAAAAAUUGGUUUACUUCUCGACGGAAUGUGUAUUUGCACCGAAUGCCUAUAGGGGUCAUGCACGAGCAUUUCUAAAAGAUUUGGAAAAGGUACGCCCAUCGGUUAUAAUGGACAUAAUACAUUCGGGAGAACAAUUACGUUUUAAGGACACGGUCAAGAAACCUAAACGAGGUAUUUGUGAACGUUGUGGUUUCGUUUCGUCGCAACAACCAUGUAAGGCAUGUGUCCUACUGGAGGGUCUUAAUCGUGGUUUACCCAAGCUGGGUAUUGGCAAAAAGUCCAAAGGUGAUCGUAUGAUUGCCAAUCAGGAAAAAGAAUUGGCACUGAGGGACAAGGCGAAUUUGGUAAAGAAUGAUUUUUAG